AUGAUUAGCUCGUUAAGAUUCAGUCUUAUUCUAGUGCCGUUGAUUUCCACGAUGCAUGUGUUCUGAUGUUAUCCUGUUACACCUUCUAAGGUGUCUGGAGAAUCAAAUUACUUUCUCAUCCUGCUGAACAGCUGCCCAGCUGGGAUGGACAGGAGCGAGGAACUCGCUUUCCUCAAGCCAAUUCUGGAGCAGACGUUUAUGAAAAGGUCUUUUCGCAAUGGCAUUGGCACAGGGAUGAAAAACACUUCCUUUCGAAGAGCAGAAUCCUGA